AUGCCAACCUGUGGCAGAAACACUGCACAGUGCUGGGCGCUGGGCGCUGGUGCUCAUGAUGCAUGGUAUUACAUAGGGCAUAGGCCCUGCCUGUUUGCCUCAUUCCAAAUGGAGACUCUUCGCAUCAGCUUCUCUGGAAUCUAUUCAGUCAUGUCUGGCUCUUCUAUCUUUACUGUUUUGGAUUCAGACCAUUUUGCUUGUUGUGUUCACACCACCAAAGGUAGGUCCAAAGGUCGCAAGCGCAGGAAGAACCGCCAGAAAAGGCUGAUCCGUGCGGAGCUGAGUGGAUCUGGUUUGGACGGUUUGAAAAUUCCACUCGUGGCUCUUGCCAGGCCUAGUGAGGGUAGAUGGGUACUUAUUGUCUCUUGCUGA